CGAAGGAAUUACUAAUCCCAAAAAAAUUCCUAUUUGGCGAUUGCAACUUCAGAAAGCGGCGGUUUGAAGAACAGCUUUCGAAUCAAUAUCUAAACACAUCAGAAUCCCUUUUGGAGAAAAUAUAUAUAUAUAUAUAUAUAUAUAUAAAGAUGAAGAAAUUGCCUGCAACAGAACACAUCCGAACAAAGCUUGAAUUGCAAUUACCUGAGAAGAAAUUCGAACCGCAAUGGCCAUGAAUCCUUCUUCUUCUGCUAAAAAUUUCGAGGAAUUUGAGCCGCGAUUUGAUUGGGUCCAUCAUCCUGAUUCUCAUGUUCUCGUCGUUCACCUCUCAGAUUUCAAAAGCAACCAACUGGAAGUUCAGGUAACGUCCACCGGCAAGUUGAGAGUCUCCGGCGAUCGGAUGCUCAGCAACGGUACGUGGCUUCGAUUCGAAAAAGAAAUCGAUAUCCCCGCCGACGCAGACACCGACAAGAUCUCUGCCAAAUUGGAGCAAGGCAUUCUCUACGUGAAACAGCCCAAGAAACCCUCCGCCACCUCUUCCAACAUCCCACCGGUUCAGCAAUCCAAGCCCAAAGUUCAAUCUCAACAUCCGCCCGCCGCCACAAAACCCACCGCUGACCCACCAACUGUUCGACCAAAGGCCCCAAAUAGACGAAACGAAGGACUCCCCACUGCAUUCUACCCUGCCAUAAAAACCAAUCUCAAAAACUUCCCAAAGAGCGGAGACGAAACAGGAACACCCUACCCAUCAAUAGAUGCCAAAAAAAUGCAUUUCCACUUCCCACAAACUGUUAAACCAAAUGCCCCAAAGAGCCAAAACGACAGGCCCCAAUCACAAGCAAGUGGGAAACAAAUCCCCACUCCUCUAAAGCUACAGGAAGCAACAGGAGCACCGGCGCUCGGUGAGACAUCAUCCACGGGCAGUGGACAUCCAGUUGAAGAUUUAGCCAAGAAGGACAAAACAGAGGAGAAGGGGAAAUCACAUACAAAACUACGAGAUGCUCAGGAGAAGACAAGAGAAGAAGGUAAAGAAGAAGAAGUUGGGUCAAAAAUGGCGGAGAAGGAGAAAGAAGAAGUUGAAGAAGAGAAGAUGAGGAGGAGGAGGAUGAAGAGAAGGAGUGAGGAAAUGGGAGAAGAGAGUGGAAGGUUGAGAAGAAGAGAAGGGUACAAACAGGUUAUUGAUGUUGUGGUGAAGGAAUUAAGAACAAAUAUGGUGACUUUGGCUUUGGGGAUUGCUGCUUUUGUGGUUCUGUAUCUGAAUCUUUCAAAGAACGGUCACAUGGAGGAAGAGUUGUGAAAUUUUUAUUUACUUAACAAAAAUGAUUCUCAUUCCAACUUUGAUUAAGUAACUUACAGGUAUUUGGGACACAAAAUUAGUUUGUGUUUGGACAAUACAAACAUACAAAAUAUAUGUAUAUCACACCGGCAAAGUUCAAAAUAAAUUAAAUCACAAAUUUAGUUUUUUACGUCUUAGAUUAAAUGUGUGUAAUAAAUUCUUAAACUUUGAAUUUUAUAUGCAACACAGAUACAUUCAAA